AUGUCGGCUAUGAAGUUUCGAGCCUCGUGUGAUGCCACCUACUCGCAGGAAGAUUUGAUAAGCGGAGAGGCUGAUGACGACCUAGCAUCGUCGGUUGCGGCUACGUUGGACGAUGACAACGAUGCCAUUUCGUCGCGUCCAAUAACUUCUCCUGUAUCACCUUUGGACGCCCAACAGCCAGUAAUCCCUGAAGGUCCCGAUGUCUCGGUACAGCAGGCAGAAGACAAGUCGGCUGCAAGUCAGGCAGCGAGCAAUCGGCCGCCGAAGGAAGAAGGUGAAGCAACAGAUAAGCCUGCCCUCGACACUGUACCUGAAGUUCCAGCCUCGCAGAUGAGAGCUGGACAAUCCUUGACAACUAGCAUCAAAUCCGGACCAGAUGAGUUAUCGAACGGAGGAUCAAUCCGUCGGGAGUCGCGAAUACAAGCUGACACGUCAUCACCUGGAACUAAUGAAGAUGAAAAAGAUUCCGAUUCGAAGCAAGCGAAAUCGGUGGCAUUGACGCAAGUAGAACGCGCCGAGUCACACGUGGGCAGCUUAAGGGAUGGAUUACUAACCACAAAAUUGUCCAAGGUGGCACAGUCGUACCGCACGAACGAAUGGGCCAAGCAUCUGGAAGUGGCCGAAAAGCCCACUCUCGAGGAACUGGAAACGCCAGAUUCUCCAGGCAUCGCCCUUUCUAAAGGAUUCCCACAAGAGACACCUGCACCGGUCAGUGAGGAGCUAGCAUCAUCAUUGCUGGCGAGUAGCAGGUCUUCAAGAAGAAUAUUACCCGAGGAGAACGCGCAGGAAACUGGCAGCCAGGGGUUGAUUCGAUCGGGUUCAAAAUUCUCGCUGAAUUCACAGAAGAGACAGCGAGCGUUAAGUCAAUCACCGGCUGCCCCAUCUUUGGGUAAUCUCUCACGAUCCAACUCGAGCGUUCAUGUCGACGUGCUCGCCCCUUUACCGAGCAAUACAUUGCUGGGAAAACGAGAGUCUCUUAUAAAGAAUCGGGUGUCGUCUCAGUCCUUGACGCCCAAAUCGUCGGCAGCGAACCUCUUGGUGGAUCAGAAGGAAAUGGACAACAUGACUCUGGCCCAACGACGACAGAUUUUACAGCAGCAGAGUGGGAUCUCUCUGCUCCAGCACCAGACGUCGAUGACCUCUCCACGCCGAGGGCCUCCAUCGGCAUCCCAGAAGUGGCAGACGAAAGGCUGGUCUGCACAGAGCCCACCGAUUGGAUUUGAUUCGCACCAACCCAAACGGAGCAGUAGUUCUCAAUCAAGCCAAAAGCGAGAGCAACUCUACGCAGGAUGGAGGGAUAGUGUGCGAGAUGUGACGCCUCCUCAGACGGCAGUCUUUAUUGUGGAACAACAGCGGCAGGUCUUGCUGAAUGAGAGGCGGCAGAAGGAGAUGGAGCGACAACAGCGUGAAUUGCAACGACAACAGCGGGCGUCUCAGAUGGAGAGUAUGAUGCGUAGCGGGCAGAUGCUGGACGCUCAUCGAGAGGCGAUGCGCAAGAUGCAGGCAGACGCGAACAAGCGAAGCUGA